UUAAUAAUAAAAGUAGCCUAAUAAUAAUCAUUCAGAUCAAGAUCAUCGCAGCAGGGGCUAAGUUGGGCCUCUAGAAAGGGGAGGGGCUUUUCCAGACCAAAUGAUUAGAGUAGUCCUUCAUGUCACCAGAGGAAACUGUCAUUACACAGGUUAAAAAAAGGUAAAACUAGAAUGCCUGCAUGGAUAAAUCUUUCACAAUAAGAUCAAUAACAUACUUUAAAUAAUAUGUAGAAUGAAUUUUACUUCAUGAUGGCUUUAACUCUAAAAAUAUACCGGUAGUACAAACACAAUUCCCCCCAGACAUUAAAAUGAAACCAUUUCUUGACUGUACAAAGCUAAUCAAUAUUUAAUAUGGCAAGCACCAUUCAAAAUUUGGUUAGUUGACUGUUGCUACUUGCUGUAGCAUUCAAGGCAAGCUCAGCGUUGUUUUGGCAUAGCAAAUUGGGGCGAUCACAUUGAAUGGCAUCAUCAUUGUCUGUCUGUCUGUUUGAAUCUGCCACAUGACAGCGUUGCCACUGAAUUGCACAUGCACAGAGGCUUUCACAAACUGACACGCAUUUCUCACACUUCCUUCCUCUUACUGUCACUUAGUCAUUUUUACUAGCAGUCUUCUCAUUUUCUUUAUGCUGUUUGUUGGUUCCGUAAUUCUUAUUUUUCAGGAGUGUUUGUGAUCUGCUGCUGCUCGGCUUUGUGGAAUCCGGGAGAGUGGCUUCUGAACCGGUGGAGGACACUGACCCCAGCACAUUCAUUACAGAGAUGUCUCUAAGGUCAAAUUACCCUGUUCAGGUCACUGAUCCACAAGGUAUCAGAGAUCCUGUAACCCUACAGCUCAGCUCUCUUCCCCCUGGUUAUCUGACGUCAGCGGUGGGCCGAAUACGACAGCCUGUGGAAAAUGACUGUACAGAAUUUAUUCCAUCGGCAUCUGUUUCAUCAGACUUUAGUAAAGAACACAAGUCCUGCAAGGAAUGUUUGUGUUCUGCCCCUCCACCCAAAAUCAGUGACCUGAUGGACGACGAAGACCUUCUGUACACCCUAAGGCUGAAGCUGGAUCCAACUCACUGCACUGUCAAAAACUGGAAGAACUUUGCAAGCCGCUGGGGGAUGAGCUACGACGAGCUCACGCUUCUAGAGCAGCGCACGCACGGCGCCACCUACCAGAGUCCCACUCAAGAGUUCCUCCUGCGCUACAACCAAAAACCUGUCACGGAGCUCACCGAACUUUGCCAACUUUACCAGCGCAUCGAUGUGCUCCGAUUGCUCCAGAGGUGGUUGGAGAACGACUGGCCCUCGCGCUGGCAGAAGGCCCAUUAGCUGGGACUUAAUAAUAACUGGACCCUAAUGAAUGAAAUUUGUUCGUCGAAUCUGAAAUCCAUGACUGCAGGGAUGGACGGCAGGUCAGAACACACACUACUGAACAGUGGUGGUGCAUAGACAGUGUUUACAAGGUUGUACACUGGACUUAGUUUAGUUUGAUUUCAUCACUCCAAGUGUCACAGAUUGGUUCACAUGUUUGAAAUACAUAUAUUAGCUAUGCGAUUGAAGGGUGAGCAACAAAUAUAAGCAGUGACGCCUCAGCACUUAAGGAGGAAAUGGAAAGACCACUCAGGUGUGACUGGAAAGUCUCUGUCAAUCCAGUCAUACACUGUUUAAUUUAUUUUUUAAUAGAAACAGCCAUCUGUGUGUUGUGCCACUGUUGGUGGUUUUAUGAAGUGUCCGUAAUAACAUUUGUGAUGUUGAGUCAUUUGAGAUGGUUUCUCACCUUUAGUCUUGCCUGCAUUUUAGUAAUAGCCUAUGAAAUACUCACAAAUGUGUGGCUGGUCAGGACACAAAAACUGAAUCUCCUUCAUUUCAGCUGUAGUUCAGCUUCCUAUUAAGUUACUAUUGCAAUUAGGCAUUUAUAUCCCAGGAAAAUAUGAGGUUAGAGGUUCAUCAUUUUUGAUUGAUGCCAAAUCACAUAUAGAUUACAGCUAUUUUGGAGUUGAUUCAAGUCUGUAAAAAGCAAAACAGCAUAAAAGAUGAGAUUUGAUGAGGUAAAAAAAAAAGUUUAACCUUGGGAUUGAUUUAAUUAUUGUCCUAGCUACAGGUAUAUGGUACAGGAUGGUGUGCUUUGAAUAUUGGCUUUGUCUGUUAACCAUUUGUUGAAUUGAAUGCAAGAUGUAAGAAAAGUUUUUCUGACUAUUUACGGUACACUAAAAUUCGUUCUGCUCGUGUGUAGUCGGUUAAAGAUUAAAAAUUUAGAUUUAAGUUACAUAUAAAACAAAUUCACAUUGCACUGCUUACUGAGCACUUGAAUUUAGUAUCGCGGUUGGUAUGAACGGCACUUAAAUUAUUUUUUUGCCCUAUUUAGAGUCUUUAAAAAAGAUUUAGAAUGUCUCUGAGAAAGGAGCAGUAAAAUUGCAGUAAAACUGCAGAGAACCAUGGAUCUGGAAGUUGAUGGAACUUACAGUCUGAGCUGGUUUAAAUUUGGUAAAUAUCGAAAAUAUUUGAUAGUUUAAAAAAAAUGCUACUUUUUGCGUUUUCAGAAUUCAUGGUCAAAUAUCAGUCACAAUGCAGGUAGUAAGGAAGGUUUUGACAACAUUACCUCUUCUAAACAAGAUUCUCUUUGUCUUUAAGAAGUGUUUGGUUUUGUGCUCUGUACUCUACCUAGCUUUUAAUUUCUUGUCUGAAUUUUAAAGCCACAUCUGUUUGUGUGUAUCAGAGGUUCUCUGUAAAAAAUAAAUAAAACAUUUAU